CACGCGCAACUUAACCUGCAGCUCCAGCUUGCACAUAUUUAUAUUUAUUAUUUACCUGCUUUUAUACCUCAUUUCAUCUUGUUCUUGUCCAGUUUGGAAGCCAGCCUGCGUUGCAUUGUAAACAUGGGUGUGAAGCGAAGUGUGCCAAGCUGGAUCGCACUGACUGUGAUGCUCCUCUCAUGCUCGUGUGAACCUCUGGAUAAACAAGACACGCAAGUGAUAGACGUGCUGGCGCUGCAGGACGUGAAGCAGAACGUGGCCGCGGUGGAAAAGCUGUCCGGUGCUUUGAGGACUCUCAGCGACCUCUACGUCGUCUCCACCUUCCGCCUGCCGCCCAAACUGGGUGGCGUCCUGCUCGGCGUCUACAACAAACAGGACAACAAGAAGUACCUGGAGCUCGCCAUCAUCGGCAAGAUUAACAAGGCUCUUGUGCGCUACGUUCGCGAGGAUGGGAAGCUGCACACGGUAAAUCUACAGACCCCCAACCUGGCGGACGGGCGCACCCACUCCAUCAUCCUCCGGGUGGGAGGUCUGCGCAGAGACAGCCUCAGCCUCGAGCUCUACGCCAACUGCCGCCUGGCGGACUCCGCUCAGCGCCUGCCUCCGCUGGUCACCCUGCCGUCGGAGCCGGAGCUGGUGGAGAUCCGGAACGGACACAAGGCCUACGCUCGCGUUCAGGGCUCAGUAGAGACUCUUAAACUGGCUCUCGGGGGCUCUGUGGCUAAAGCUGGAGCUCUUACUGACUGUCCAUUUCAGGGUGACUCCUCAUCCUACAAUACAGUAAAUGGAGAAAUAAACUCUAUUCUCGGUGAUCACACCAAAGCGCUGAUCGGACAGCUUAUCAUAUUUAAUCAGAUCCUGGGUGAGCUACGACAGGACAUUAGAGAGCAGGUGAGGGAGAUGUCUCUCAUCAGGAACACCAUCAUGGAGUGCCAAGUGUGCGGGUUCCACGAGCCUCGCUCCCGCUGCCAUCCCAACCCCUGCUUCAAGGACGUGCCCUGCAUGGAGACGUUUGACUUCCCAGGGUACCGCUGUGGGCCCUGCCCUGAAGGGAUGACCGGCAAUGGCACCCACUGCCACGACAUCGAUGAAUGUUCAGCUCAACCCUGCUUCUCUCCGAGCGCCUGUGUCAACACGGCGAAGGGCUUCAGGUGCGAGGCGUGUCCACCGGGACUCUGGGGGCCACUCGUCUCGGGGGUCGGCAUGGAUUUCGCCAGGAACCACAAACAGGAGUGUGUCGACGUAGAUGAAUGUGUUGAAGUUGCCAAUGCCUGCACGGCCAACUCUGUCUGCAUAAACACACCUGGCUCGUAUAGGUGCGGUCAGUGUAAAAUCGGCUAUGUGGGCAAUCAGACCGCGGGCUGCUUCCCUCGGAAGUCCUGCGCCGCCCUCGAUUUCAACCCGUGUGACACCAACGCUCACUGCGUCAUUGAAAGGAACGGCGACGUCACAUGCGCGUGUAAUGUGGGCUGGGCUGGUAAUGGAAACACGUGUGGUAGAGACACUGAUAUUGACGGCUACCCUGACCGGGCUCUUCCCUGCAUGGACAAUGAUAAGCACUGCAAACGGGAUAAUUGUGUCCACACACCCAACUCUGGUCAGGAGGACGCAGAUAACGACGGUAUAGGAGACCAGUGUGACGAGGACGCCGACGGAGACGGCAUCAAGAACGUAGAGGAUAACUGCCGACUGGUGUCCAAUAAAGAUCAGCAGAACUCGGACACGGACUCGUUCGGUGACGCGUGUGAUAACUGCCCCAACGUGCCCAACAUCGAGCAAAAGGACACGGACAACAACGGGGAGGGCGACGCCUGCGACCAGGACAUCGAUGGAGACAGUGUUCCGAAUGUGUUGGAUAACUGCCCCAAAGUGCCGAACCCCAUGCAGACGGACCGGGACGGCGAUCUGGUGGGCGACGCCUGCGACAGCUGCCCGGAGAUGAACAACCCCAUGCAGACUGACGUAGACAACGACCUGGUAGGAGACGUAUGCGACACCAAUCAGGACACCGACGGGGACGGACACCAGGACACUCGGGACAACUGCCCCGAUAUUCCCAACAGCUCUCAGCUGGACUCGGACAACGACGGAAUCGGAGACGACUGCGACGACGACGAUGAUAAUGAUGGAAUCCCCGACGAGGAAGGUGGUCUGGGUCCUGAUAACUGCCGGCUCAUUCCCAAUCCUAACCAGAAAGACUCAGAUGGAAACGGUGUCGGGGACGUGUGUGAGAACGACUUCGACAACGAUACGGUGAUGGACUGGAUCGACGUCUGUCCAGAGAGUGCCGAGGUCACGCUGACGGACUUCAGGGCCUACCAGACCGUCAUACUGGACCCCGAGGGUGAAGCCCAGAUCGAUCCUAACUGGGUGGUACUGAACCAGGGGAUGGAGAUCGUCCAGACGAUGAACAGUGACCCUGGACUGGCUGUUGGAUACACAGCAUUUAAUGGUGUGGACUUUGAGGGCACGUUCCACGUAAACACAGUAACUGAUGAUGACUAUGCUGGCUUUAUCUUCGGCUACCAGGACUCCUCCAGCUUCUACGUGGUGAUGUGGAAGCAGACAGAACAGACCUACUGGCAAUCGGUGCCGUUUAGAGCCAUGGCCGAGCCUGGCCUGCAGCUCAAGGCCGUGAAGUCCCACACGGGGCCCGGCGAGUACCUCCGUAACGCCCUGUGGCACACGGGGGACACGAACGGUGAGGUGAAGCUGCUGUGGAAGGAUCCGCGAAACGUCGGCUGGGGCGACAAAACCUCCUACAGGUGGCAGCUCAGCCAUCGGCCCCAGGUCGGCUACAUCAGAGUAAGGCUCUUCGAAGGAAGUGAACAAGUGGCCGACUCGGACGUCGUGAUCGACACGACCAUGAGAGGAGGACGGCUCGGCGUCUUCUGCUUCUCUCAGGAGAACAUCAUAUGGUCCAACUUACGCUACCGCUGCAACGAUACUGUACCCGAAGACUUCCAGACCCAACACAAACACGUACUGAUGCACAUCCAGGUUUGAGCAAUAACUCAAAGACGGCCACCCUGACCUGCACUGCCUCUUCAUACACACACACACACACACACACACACACACUCAAGAUAUGCUCCAGACCAGCCACUGUGCACAAGCGACACUGCUGAGCUCUUGUGUACCAGCGAACACGAGAUCGAAGCCGAGGGUUUGACGGUGCUCAUCUUCCAGUCCAAAGCAUAGCGGAGAACUUUUUUUUCAUGAUAUGAGCGAGUCUGUUGUAGCAGGGAGGCGCCUCAGGUCAUGUACAAAGUUUUGUGAACGUUUAGGAACAUAUAAUGUGUGAGUUUAUUGACAAUGUGUACAAAUGCAUGUGUGUUAAAUAAACGGAGUAGCUGUCGCUGUCCUGUGCAUCCUGUCAGUGUAAAUAUGAAAUCAAAGAUCCAGAUCUGUCAGUACGAUAUUUUAAAGGAGCAAUUCUGUAUGAUCCGUUUUCUUCAUUGUAAAAUGCAAAACUAGUUAUUAAAUAUAUGAGUUCUAUAAUUGCAAACAAAGAGGAAGCUGGUGAUUUUUAUACUAUAGUAAUUGAUGCCAGUAAUAAACACUCACUUUCUUAACCGCUUAUCCAAUUAGGGUCGCGGGGGGCACAAGGCACACAGUAACACCCUGGACGGGGCGCCAGUCCAUCGCAGGUCAGACACACACACACACACAUUCACCUAUAGGGCAAUUCAGUGUCUCCAAUUAACCUGGCUGCAUGUUUUUGGACUGUGGGAGGAAACCCACACAGACACGGGGAGAACAUGCAAACUCCACACAGAAAGGACCCAGACCCAGGACUGUGAGCCGCCAGUAAUAAACAAUUACAUUUAAAAAAACAACCCCAAAUCAGAAAAAGUUGGGACAGGAUGGA